AUGUUCAUAAAUGUGGCUGUAGCUGGAGCAUCACACGUACCACAAAUACGACAUGUUAAUGCAGCAGAAGUGGUUGAAACAGGGGGCCUCCUUACCCGGAAGAGAGAAAUUGAAAGGCUUCGCAUGUUACAAGUAAAUGCGGAAAAAAUUACUCUACAAACUGCAGCUGAGCAGCUUUUAGCUGAAGGUGCAGAUGCUGUUUCUCAGCUGGCUCAGCCAGUCAUUAAGACCAAAAAGGUUGCAAGUAGAAGAAACCUGCGUCCUUCAGAAGCGCAGAGGCUUCAAGAAGAGUUAGCAAAAAUUGGGUGCUUUGGGGACAAGAGUGGCAGAACAAGGCUCUGCAAGGACUACAAUGUAUUUAUAAAUUCCGAGAAGCUUUCCAUAGCCCUGCUGAAGUAUAGGAGGAAGCCUGCCAAGUUGCAUCAAGCAGUCCUAAAACUUGCAUUGCCAGAAAAAAUUCUGCGGCUUGAUGGCAUCAGCCGUACGGGAAAGAAGGGGUGUGUGGGAAUCAGCUCUGACAUAACAGAAAGCAUAACAUUGUAUGUAAGUGCUGUCUAUAGGGCUGCUGGAGGCGAUGUGGCAGAAAUUGAUUAUGACCCGGACGCUAAGCUCAAGAAUCUUCUUGACGCUGCGCUGGUCGCGGGACAUUUAUGUGGAGCAUUAAUUCGUUAA